CAGUCAUCAUAAUUGCAAUAGGGGAAAAGUAAAUUUUUGAGUUCUAAACCUGUUUAGGAGGCCUCAGAAAUCAAUUCCCCAAAAGUACUGGAAUAAGAAUAAAAAUUACAAGGAACAAGAAAAGAGACAUAUGAAAAUCCAGAUACCAGAAAAUAGAAAACAAAACACCCACCAGCGCAACGUUUUUGUCAAUACCACCAUAUUUGUGCUUAACUUGCAUGGUUAUGUCCUAAAAGGGUGUCUAUCAGUCGCUAUGUGUCUUCAUCUUUUGAACAAACAAAGUUGGAUGAAAAUCUAAGUUAAUUACAGAUAAUAUAUAAUAGUAUAAAGUAGAAACAAUAGGAAAAAGAAAAUGGCUGCUUUGCGAACUUGUGCAAGAAGAUUACAUAGGAUAUGCAUCUCUAGCUCUCAAUUACCACAAGCUGAAUGCAAAAGGCAGAUUCUCACACAAUCAACGUUAACGUCAAAUGUCAGUAUACCCAUCACUAGGAACAUUCACACAUCAAGAUUAUUGUCAGUGUCACAAGAAAAAAUGUCGACAAAUUUUAAUAUUCAAGAUGAAGAUGAUUUUAAAGAAAAAGUUUUGAAAUCAACCACCCCUGUUGUUGUUGAUUUUCAUGCAGACUGGUGUGGACCUUGUCGAUUGUUGGGACCAAAAUUAGAAAAAGCAGUUGAUGAACAUGAUGGAAAAAUUCUUUUAGCAAAAGUUGAUAUAGAUGAGCUUUCAGAAAUUGCUAUGAAAUACAAUGUGAGCGUUGUGCCAACAGUUGUUGGGAUCAAAGAUGGCAAAAAAGUUACAAAUUUUGAAGGAAACUUACCGGAAAAUGAAAUUGAAGCAUUUUUAAAGAGAAUACUGAUGAAAUGAUUUUUAAUAUCACAAACUGUGUUAGAACCAUUUAAUUAUAUCUGAUUAUUACUGAUUUUGAAAACAAACUAAUAAACUAGUUGACAAUUGACAUGA